CGGGAAACGAAAAUGUUUCGAGGUUAGGAACACAAAUGACAGAAAGUAUAACAAACGCAAAUAAAAUUGGAAAACAGUAAAGUAUAAGUAUAGAAAAAGACGUCUUUUGGUGUGACAAGGCAAAGUUUGAAAUCUUGUUUGUUCCAGUGAAACGAUUAAAAAUUAACGAUUAUUCAGUCAAACCAAACUGGCUAACAAUACUUGGCAAAUCUUGAUAUUCGAAUAUUUGGGUACCUAAGAAAAAUCAAAUAAUGAUUGUGAAACUGGGCAAGUUGAUAAGCUGCAGUUCGGAACAUCCGUCAUUUCCCGCAAGGAAUUUGUGCGAACAUUCCUUGGGCGGCAUCGGGUCUUUGACCUGGCUCUGCGAAGAGCCAGGAGUCAAGGAGGCAGAAGCAAUAUUUGAGCUGGCAGAGCCGUCACAGAUAACAGGAAUCGACAUAGGAAACUCACGGUGCUGUUCGGUGAAGAUCGCUGGGGCAAGUAGCGAUGCUCCAGAGGAGUGGGUGACAAUUGUGAGCCACAUUUUCAUGUCUUUCAACGAUGCAGACCACGGUCUUUUCAAAGACCAGGUACAGCUGUUUACAAAAAAGGAAAUCAAUGCAGAGGUUCUCAAUAAAGUUUUCAAUAGGGUGAAGGUGACUUGCUCUCAACCAGCAAACCCCAGAGUUCUCUUCGGUCUCUCGUUCCUGAUUCUCCGCACCGAUGACAAGUUAGACUCAGGAAACCUUGACGCUUUUGGCAGGUUCAAAGUCAAGGAGGAUAAAGGUGACAACAGUUUGGACAAAUUCAAGGAAAAGUACCUUCAGCUAAUGAAACCUAAGCCCAAUAGUUUCAAGGUGGAACUCGCCAAGCAGAUCGAGAGCAAUCGCGCUGUCACUGUCAAUGAAAAAAGAGACGAAACUCCAAGCCGUAAAAGACCCUCUUUCAAAUUAACAACUCCACCAAAAGCCACAAACAAUGAAAAGAAAUUGACCGAGGCAGACAGCAAACAUCGGAUUAAGAAACGGAGACUGUCGGACAAAGACCAAAAACCUUUAGAAAGUUGUUCAAAAAAUAAUUCCACAGAUGUUUUGUCAGAGACACAAACAACAAUGUCAGAAAGAACAAAUAAAGGCAGACCGAGGUGUUCAUUGUGCUUGGGUAAUGAGGAGAACGUCUUGUGCAAGACAUGUAAUUUGUUAAUGCCUGAUAAAGACCAAGCAAAUGAAACUUCUAGGCGAAAACCGGCCAAACCGAAAAAACCAGUCAAGAAUUUUAGUGCUUUGUUCGAAAAUGUCACCUUUUCUCUCAGUGGAUAUCAAAAUCCGAAACGGGACGAAAUAAGGCGAAAAGCGAUAGCCAUGGGAGCCAAAUACGUCGUUAAUCCUAAUGGGCGAAAUCACAAUUGUACGCACUUGGUUUGUGCUUUUAAGAAUACACCAAAGUAUAAUCAGCUGAAGGGAAGUGUUAAAAUCAUUGAUAAGCAGUGGGUGGAGGAUUGCUACGAGAAGAAAACAAGAUUUCCAUGGAGACGAUAUGCUCUAGACAAGGAGGAAAAAGACGUGCCAGAAAGCGAGGAAGAAGUGGAAACUGAGAAAGGAUCUGCAGACCCACUUAGCAUAUACGAUCAGGAUACAGACUCCGAUUAUUAAAGACUGUAGCUGAUAUAACUGAGAAAACAUGUUUCAUACAUUGUAUUUAUAAAUCUGUAUAUUAGUGUGUUUCGUUUGAAA